UGUGAGGCGCAUCACAGUCUCUCGACCCCGUGUCCUUUAAAAAGUAAAUGUAUUUCGGUCCACCCAUAUAUUAUAUUUGAGAGUCUUAUUUGCGUCCCCAAUCAGUUUCAGAUGGUCGUGUAGAUCAUUGCUUGAUUUGAUAGCGUUAAAGGUAAUGAGUUACAGAGCCAGACGCGAAUGAUUAUUAAAUGAUGGAUUCGAUUUUUUUUUUUUUAUUCAAUUUUGAAUUUUACACACCGUGAUCUGGAUUUUACCGUUUGUUUUUCAUCAAUUGAACGAGGAAACGAAUGAACGAGGACAUAUAAUGAGUUCAGUCCGAGGAUGAAGGAAUGAUCUGAGAGCGAAUCAGCCGCUGAACACAAUCACACACAAGAAUGCGUAUUAAAUAUACCAUUUCUGUCAUCUUUAUUGUGGCUCUGGUCAUCAUAGAAAAGGAAAACAACAUUAUUUCAAAGGUGUCUGAUAAACUGAGCCCAAAGCUGACCCCGCUGACCCCGCUGCUGCUGCUCAGCACAUCUCUCUUGUCUGCCGCGCAACACAAUGUCUCGACUGACGUCUCGUCCCAUCAACACGUGAUUCAUCCUCUGGAAAACUCGACUCGGCCCGUCCAGCAGAGCGCAUCGCCGGCGUCUGCAGCCGGAGGACGGAAACACAUCCUUCUGCUGGCCACGACUCGCACAGGCUCCUCGUUUGUGGGUGAAUUUUUUAACCAGCAGGGCUCCAAUAUGUUUUAUCUGUUCGAGCCGCUGUGGCACGUGGAGCGCAUGUUGACCAUCGAGACCGGCGGGACGAACGCCACGGUCGCCGGGCCUGCAUAUCGAGACGUUCUGCGCCAGCUGUUCCUGUGUGACUUUUCCCUGCUGGAGAGCUUCAUCGAGCCACCGCCGGAGGAUCACGUGACCGCCGCGCUCUUCCGCCGCGAGUCCAGCCUGUCGCUGUGCGAAGAUCCCGUCUGCACGCCGUUCGUUAGGAAAGUAUUCGAACGCUACCACUGCCGCGUGCGGCGCUGCGGGCCGCUCAACCUGACACUGGCCUCUCAGUCUUGCAUGCAGAAGGAGCAUCGCGCCAUCAAGUCUGUCCGCGUGCGGCAGCUGGAGACGCUACGGCCGCUGGCCGAGGAUCCCAGACUCGACAUGAAGUUCAUCCAGCUGGUCAGGGACCCUCGCGCCGUUCUCGCCUCGCGCAUGGUCGCUUUCUCCAGCAAGUACGACGUCUGGAAGAGGUGGGCUGUGGACGGAGACCUUCCGGUGGACGAGGACGAAGUGAGAAAACUCAGAGGAAACUGCGACAACAUCCGCAUGUCCGCUGAGAUCGGACUGAAGCAGCCGGCGUGGCUUCGCGGACGCUACAUGCUAGUGCGCUACGAGGACAUUGCGCGAUUCCCCAUGCGCAAAGCUGCAGAGAUGUAUGACUUUAUAGGCAUUCCCUUCACCGCAAAGGUGGAAGACUGGAUCUUAAAAAAUACGCAGGCAUCUAAGGAGGUCAGUGGAGUUUAUUCCACCCAAAAAAACUCCUCGGAGCAGGUGGAGAAAUGGAGGUUCAGCAUUCCCUUCAAACUGGUGCAGCUGGUGCAGAAAGUGUGUGGCCCCACCAUGACUCUGUUUGGAUACAAGUUUGCAGAGAACCAAGACAUGCUGACUGACAAAUCAGUAAGUCUAAUUGAGGAGAGAACAUUUUUAUGAUUCUACACACAUCCUUCAUGAAGAAGAAUGUUGAAAUUCAUGAACUAGUAUGUGACACGAUCGAAACAUGAACUACUUUGAUAGCUUCUGAAGCGGUAUUAAACAAUGAAAAAGUAUUUUAUUUUUUGAUAAAUGGCCAGUAAGUUCAUUUGACGAAUAGAAAAGAUAAUCAAGUUUAAGUGAGGAAUUGCAUUGGGACCUGGCAGGUGUCUGAAGUCUCCUUGACUGUAUAUACUGUACUGUAUGUGCGUUUGCUUGGGGAGAAACAAGCUGCUUCUGUGUGUUCAGAUAUUCUUACUGCAGCCGGAUUGCAGAACUCUAGCAACGGAGGAUUUAAACACACACAUGAAAAAAACAAAACAUUUUCAUAGAUUUAAUAUAUUGCCUUAUAUUGUCUAAGGGCUCUUUGUUCAAAAAAAGUGAAAAUUAAUCAUUUCAUGAUUAUAUUCAUAUUCCGUUUCUUACGAAGAACCCAUAGUCUUUUGUAAUACAGGCUUUAACAU